ACGUCAUAUCAUGCCUUAGGUUGAGCUUUGUGUUGUAAAAAUAAUUAAUUUAUAGUCGAUCUUGCAUUAAAAUUAUAUGAAUAAUGAGAUGAAAGUGUAAAUAAAUGUCUUAAUAGUGUUCGCUAGUGAUUAUGGCGCAUAGUGGUGGUGUUUUAAGUUCAGAUAUAUCACGUAGAAAUCCACAAGAUGAAUAUGAACUCAUACAGAGGAUUGGAUCUGGGACCUACGGAGAUGUAUAUAAGGCGAAACGUCUCAACGGCGUCAACGAGUUGGCUGCCAUCAAGGUGAUUAAGCUGGAGCCGGGUGAUGACUUCGCCAUCAUCCAGCAGGAGAUCCUGAUGAUGAAGGACUGCCGGCAUCCAAACAUCGUUGCCUACUAUGGCUCCUACUUGAGGAGGGAUAAGCUCUGGAUUUCCAUGGAGUAUUGUGGUGGUGGGAGUUUGCAGGAUAUAUACCACGUGACGGGCCCCCUGAGCGAGUUGCAGAUCGCCUACAUGUGCCGCGAGACGCUCACCGGCCUCUCGUACCUGCACAGCAUGGGCAAGAUGCAUCGAGAUAUUAAAGGCGCCAACAUUCUGCUGACUGAGUGCGGCGAUGUCAAGUUGGCGGAUUUCGGCGUUUCGGCACAAAUUACUGCCACCAUUAACAAGAGGAAGUCGUUUAUUGGAACCCCGUACUGGAUGGCACCUGAGGUUGCAGCCGUCGAGAAGAAAGGUGGUUAUAACCAACUGUGUGACAUUUGGGCGUGCGGUAUUACUGCUAUUGAACUAGCAGAGCUUCAGCCCCCGAUGUUUGAGCUGCAUCCGAUGCGGGUCCUCUUCCUGAUGUCCAAGUCGGGCUUCAAGCCGCCGCAGCUCAAGGAGCGGGAGCGCUGGUCGCAGACCUUCCACGCCUUCCUCAAACUGGCCCUCACCAAGAACCCCAAGAAACGGCCCACAGCGGAGAAGUUAUUACAGCAUCAGUUCUUCCAACAAGACAUGAACAAGCGUCUAGCGAUAGACCUCCUGCAGAAAUACUCCAACCCACCAAGCCAUAGCAAUAGCCAGGAGUUGGAUGAAGAUGGGGGCAUAUCGAGCGUGCCGCAACGCAUCGCUUCGCGGCAGACAGGACGGCGGCGCGUGUUGGAGCGUGACGUCACCACGCUGUCACGUGACCACAGUGACAUUCCCGCUUCCAGAAUUAGACUGAUGGAGGAUAUGGCAGGGCGGCGCGGAUACGACUCCCCCGUCAUCAACCUGGACGCAGACGACGCCAUCAGCCUCGUGGGGGCACCCAACGUGAUGAAUCUCACUGCCCAGCUGCACAACAGCGGCGACACCAUCGAGAGAGAUGCGUUUCAUCGACAGUCGAGUGAGGACUGGAGCGUCGCUUCGUUGAUCAGCUGCCCGAAACAUAACCCCUUGACCCACGAGCUUUCAACCGAUACAAUGUCUAACAGCGAAAACAAGUGGUGUCGGGUCGUUACUGGUGAUGAUAUUUUGAGAAUGAGUUUGAGGAGCCUCUUGCAAUAUAUUGACGAAGAGUUAAUGCUCAGGGCAACACUACCUCUAACAGCGGAUACGGCGGCGAUGGCGCAAGCUGGCAACUCAUCGCUAUCCAUCCACGAUCAUCACCUGUCGCAAUGUAUACAAUUAAAGCAGAACUAUUUGAAUAAUUCCACCACAAACGUAUACCAGAGCUUAACGAACUUCCAAUCGCCGAUGGCAGUUUCUACGGUGUCGAUAGAUGACCCGCUAUGUAGGAGGAUGGGUGAUAACGAUAUAAUGUACGCGGACCAGUUAGAAGCUGAUAUUUCGGAAGCGCCGAAAACGCGAAAUUUUAACUGCGAGUGUGGACUUUGUCCUAAACCGGAAUCCAAAGACGUGAAUACUUUGAGUGAUCUGCAGAGGUCUGUGGCGCAGUGCUCUUGUGACGCCUGCCACUCAAACGGGGACAUUCUGAACUACUACAGACAAUGUCCAAACCAGAGCCAAGAUUCGGGCAUCGUGUACUGUGAUACUUGUAAGAAACAAAAGAUAUCUGUAUCGAAUUUUCGCGCGCUGCAAAUCGCCAACCGCCUGCAGAUCUCCGACGCCGAGAAACCGAACGGGACUGACGAGGAACUGUGCAGGCGGAUUGACAGGAGUCUGGAUAUGGGAGAGUAUGAGCACAGGAAGCGGCACAACAGGCACCACUCUGACUCCACCGGGAUAGACCUGAGCCAGUUCUGUCAGUGUGAGAUCGAUAAGCGGAAGACGUCGUCUGUGGACGAAAUAUUCAAGAUGGCGGACGAUGGGAGCUCGAAGCAGGAGGACGAAGAGGAGGUGAAAGCUAGUCAAAGGCAGAGGAGUCUGUCGGACAGUCAGAGGGAUAAGGCGAAAUUGGACGCAGAGGGUAGCAGUACGCCCCCGGUGCCACCGCGUAGGUCUCGCGCGAGGCGUGUCAGGAGCCCUGUCCGACCGGCGCCCAACGGACUGCCGCCCACUCCGAAGGUGCACAUGGGAGCGUGUUUCUCUAAGGUAUUCAACGGAUGUCCACUAAGGAUAAACUGCACCGCUUCCUGGAUACAUCCGGACACCAGGGAUCAACACGUCCUCAUCGGUGCGGAGGAAGGCAUAUACACCCUCAACUUGAACGAGCUGCACGAGACCGCUAUGGAUCAGCUGUGUCCUCGGCGAACCAUCUGGAUGCAUGUCAUCAAAGACGUGCUAAUGUCACUCUCGGGUAAAACGCCAUCACUGUACAGGCACGAGCUCCUGGCGUUGACCGGUAGCGGUAAAUCCGGUGGCGGCAGGUCGUUGAGGGUGCUGCCACCGAGACUCCUGCCACGGAGGUUCGCUCCUUCCACGAGAGUGGUGGACACCAGAGGUUGCACGGUUUGCGCGGUGGCUCGCAACCCGUACAACGGCUACAAGUACCUUUGCGGCGCCACGCCCGCCGGCCUGUUCCUCAUGCAGUGGUACGACCCACUCCGGAAGUUCAUGCUGCUCAAGAACAUAGAGUGCGUGCUGCCCUCUCCUCUGCUCACGUUCGAGCUGGUCAUCACGCCGGAGCUGGAGUAUCCUCUGCUGUGCGUGGGUGUCACCAGGAAACCAAUGCGGCUAAACCUCAUCAAUAUUAACUCAGGAGAGAGUUGGUUCCACUCGGACGAGUUGGAGAUGAGGUCGGGCGGCUCCAGUACUGUGCUGCCGCGACCCGAGCGACUCCACACGCUGCGGGCUGUGCACCAGCUCAGCAAGGAUGCAGUGUUGGUUUGUCACGAGAACAUCGUGGACAUCAUCCCGGUGCUGCCGGCGCUGGAGGCCCGGCGUGCUGACGACCGCAAGCGUAGCAAACUGCUGCAGAGGAUAGAGUUCGACUUCCAGAUCGACAGCAUAUUAUGCCUCGCUGAUUCGGUGCUGGCGUUCCACCGACACGGGGUUCAGGGUAGAUCACUGCGGAACGCAGACGUGACGCAAGAGAUCGUCGAUCAGUCGCGACGCUACCGACUGCUGGGUCACGACAAAGUCGUCGUUUUGGAAUCCCACUCAGUUCACAGUAACACUCUGUCCGGUGAGGACGGAAAUGAUCUGUACAUACUAGCUGGCCACGAGGCGUCCUACUAGUGUUCCCGUGGGAAUCGCGGGAAAUUUGCCAGUGUUAUUUUUUAACCUCAUUUGGAUAACCAUGUUUUAUUUCAACAAUAAUUUAAUACAAAGCGAUUUUCCCGCUGAAAACGUAUUUUGGCGGAUGGUUUCUGUGUGUGGAAAUUGCGUUUCGUAUUAUCAUAAGUGAAAACCUCUUUAACGCCGUUGUGAUUUGAAACUAGAUGAAACGAAAAAGCGACACUAAAUAGAGACAAACAUAAUGUGCAUAUAGCCAGCAAAAGAAUGUGAUAUGAUGUAAACUUUUGCCAGUUAUGUCUAGUGAAAUAAAAAAUAUCAAGUCUGAUUUAAAAAAAAUAACUUUGUAGUUAAAAAUAAUAUAAUAAUUAAAUUCUAUGAUUAUCCCACUUCUGACGCUGUAUUUGUCUCACACUUCUGCCGUUUAAUUAUGCGAAGGUAUUAAUUUUACCGCGCUACCUGGGUUUUGACCCAACAGGUCAAUUUCAUGUUUCGAAAUAUACAUACGACUUUUCGCAUUUUCCUUCAAUAGAUCCGAAAAACUGAAAAAAAAUUAAACCAUCGAAUAAAACCGACUAAUGUCGUCACGAUUGAACACUGCCCUAAUCCAUUCCGUGUGUGAUUGAAAGCAAUAUGUAAUAGACAUUUUAUGGUAUUAAUUGUAAUGUUAUAAUUAAAAGUCAUUUAUCGCUAUCUUCAUAUUAUUGUAGCAGACCUGUGCUCUAUAAUCUAUGUUAGCACAUUAGCGCACACUUAAAAAGAAGAUGAAAUCCAUUAUUUUAGUAUUUUAGUAGUUCUAUUGUUAUCUAUAACCAUUAGUGUCGAGUACAAUUAAUAGUUGCGUUAGUAGAUUGUGAUCAAGUGUGAUUCAAUAAAAAAGCUGAGAAAGGGAGUACAUCCAUUUAUUUGCCAAUAACCAUCAAGUACCCUUCAAUCGACCCGUGAUCAUGACGCUUGAAACAACGUCGUUAUAUCAAGAAAUUGAUAAUAUUAAUAAUCUGUUGUAAGUGAUAAUAUUGUCUGAAAAGUCAAAAGACAAUAGAUACUUAAACACACAUUGUUCAUGGGGGGCAAUACUGACACAAUACUCAUUUCUGCUCCUGAACUUAGCGAUGAACUUAUGUUUGAUUCUGGUUUGAUGGGUGUGGGCACCGCUGUUAUUAUAGACAGAUGAGAUAUUCAAUCUUAAAUUGACGGGGAAGAACGAUGUGGUCUCUAGACUGAAUGCGCAGAAGGAAAAAAUUGAAUUUAAUUGGUGUUGAGCAUACUUGGAGACCGUACACUCAACGUUCGUGCGCGUUAAUAUCACGAUAACAAUCACAGCUAAAGAUCCGUAGCGGUAUACAAUGCACUCCUUUGCAUAGUAUGCCAGCUAGACAGGCACCACUUUUUUAUUCCUACCCUCAGGGAGUAGUGUAAACACUAUGUUUGCUUCGAUUUGAAGGACAUAACAGAUAGUACUGUGCUAUUGUGCCUUAACAUCUUAUGCCUCAACCUUAUGAGCGCAAUCGAGGUGCCGCAGAAUUUUUGAUUUUCUUUACGAAUCCUGAACGACACUGCAUAGUAGGGGGCGGGGCUUAGCUUAUUUGGUCAAUAUCACUUCUUACUAAAAAAAUAACCGCUGGUAGCAUUUAGUACACUGGUGCAUUUAUAAUGCCGCAGCAAAGUAUCAAAUUUGUUAUCAGUAAUUUAAGGCAGGUGUGCGAGUAUCCUAAGCGAGCCAGGUAUGACAAACCUUAAAAUUAAACUAACACGUUUUAACAAUGUAUUACUAGUCCCACCUGGGUCUUGAAUUUAGGUCCGUAAAUUAAAAGUAAAUAGGUGUUUUCUCGAUUUUUGAUAUGUAGACGCUUUCCUUUAUAAUAUUACAUAGGUAUGUGAUAACUUCAUAAUUUUUAGUACAUGAACGUUGUUUGAUGUUAGUUUUUCACGUUUGCACAUUUUUACACAAGUCGCGGAUUCGGUACGGUAUACGCAGAUUUGUAAAAUAUUUAAGCGGCCAAAUACGAGAGUCCUGAGUAUAAUAUAUAACACGAAGUUUUUUAAAUAUGAAUUUAAUAAAAAACACUAUUUUUAUUUGCACGGCGGCCAUUUUAUAAUUUGCGGUCUUGGCUUUUAUUAUUAGCUGUAUUGGCAAUAGUCAAAAUAUUCCCAAAUUUCAGCUGUUUAACUUGUGGUUUCUGAUAAACAACAUACAAACAAAGCGGGCGUAUCUGUGACCUUUUAACCCAAAUACAUCUAUUAUACUAUAUGCUCAGUGCAAUCAAUUCAGUGACAAUUGAGGUGAGCGGGCGCGGAUACAAAACGCUCAUUGGCCAGGUAAAAAACAACAUAUCGUUAGCAAUCCCUAGUGGCUUCUGUCUAUUUAUAGAUCUUCCUACCUGUUUUAGACGUCUAUGUGCUGUAAAGCCGUUGGUGCGUACUUAUGGAGACGUCCAUAAAAUAAUUCUGUUUGGACUAUUUAUCACCACUAUUGUGUCAUACCACAUUGUCUGUUGAUGAAGAUUUUCAACCAGUGUGUGUAUCUAGUGAUGACUUACGGUACGCAGACGUGGUCGCUAAUUAUGGGCCUGAUGAGAAAGCUCACGGUCGAUCAUAGGGCAAUGGAGAAGGAAAAUGCUCGGAGUUUCCCUACGAGAUCGAAUCAGAAAUGAGGAGAUCCGUAGGAGAAUCAAAAUCACCGACAUAGCCCAAAUGUUUGCGAAAUUAAAGUGGCAGUGGCCAGGGCACAUAGUUCGACGGACAGAUGGCCGGUGGGGCAGUAAAGUCCUCGAAUGGCGACCACUUACCGGAAGACGCAGUGUUGGUAGCUUUGGUUAGGUAGGUUGACCGACUAUUUGGUCAAGAUCGCCGGUUAUACAUUGGAUGAGGGUGAUCGCCGUGGAGAUCUUUUGGGGAGGCGUUUGUCCAGCAGUGGACGUCUUCCGGCUGAUGAUGAUGAUUGUGUCAUAAUUUCUCUAAUAUAUGCCCUUAAAAAUUCUCUGUGUCACUUAUUUUGUGUAAGCUUCGUCUAUGAGAACCAUCACGAAUCGAAUCUAAGUCGAAUCACUUCUGUCUAAAUGUAAGUUUUUGUUCAUAAUCGUUUGAACUACGAUUCAACGUGAAAUGUGAUUUAAUAUUGUUAAAUAAUGAACUAAAAAGACAACCAAUUUAUUAUGUUAUUAUAAUUAGUUGAGGCGGGGAUUACGUUUGUGUUGGUUGGCGGUCACGAUUAAUUUAUCUUCAGUUUUUAUUCUCCUUGAAGUACAUACACAUAUGUGUAUUUAACAUUUAAUGCACAAAUUAAUAUAAUUAUUUAAAAACAUAGGACGAAUACAUUGAAUAUGUCAUAUAAAUAAUCUAUUCGAUUAACCGCGCACUAUAAUAAAAGUUUAUUAUUGUACUAUAUGUUGUCUUUCGUUUUGUUGAAACGUAAUCUUAUCAAUAGAAAGCCAAACGCAUUCCCCAUCCAUUAUAGUUUAUAGAAGUAUAAUGGUAUUGAUUUGUAAAUAUAUAAAAUUCCAAUUAAUAAUAGUCAAUUGUAUAGUAGAAUAGUGUAUUUAAUUUUUGUAAAAACCGCCAAUGGAAUGAACAGUCUGUUUGUUUUACUCUUUGUCUAUGUGAAUAGCCGCCAUAUUGGCUUUGUAGCUGUCAAAAUACCAAGUGGUGUUUUAAAAGUAUCUAGUACCGGGUUUAGGUCUUAGUUUUUCCCUGUUUUAAUGCAGGAUUACGUGAUAUGAGUAAUUUGCAUGUAUUUUCAUUUACAAAUAGCUUAUUUCUGUUAUACUUGUAUUUUUCGUUUUAUUUAUUGAUGGCGUAUUUUUAUAGCACGCUUAGAUAUAAAUCUACAUUAUAAUAAUUAUUGGUUUAUUAAACUUGGAUAUUCUUUAUCUAGAUAGUUCAACAAGCUCUCUUAAUCACUAUUUUUUUAUUUUUUAUCUGUAUAAAUAGCCUAGACAUAACGAUUCCUUGACGAUAAUCUAUAUUAAUUCACAUACGCGAAAAUUUGGCACAGUUUAAUAAAUUUGUUUAGGUUUGGGAUAAAUUUAAAGGUGUUGUUUGCCUAUUUAGCUUACUUGCUCCUUGACGGAGGUACCUACCAUAGACAAAGAAUUGAUCAAUGCUUUGUCUAAGUUGAAACUGGCGAGGUUGGCAUUAGAGAAAUAAUAGUUUAAUUAUUUAAUUUACCUACUUUUAUGAAAUAUCGCUUAAAAUCCAGCUAAUUGAUUGUAGCAGUAAUGCACUUUUCACAAAAACUAUGUUCUUAAUUAAUAAAAAAAAUCUAUGAAACUUAAAGUUAUAAAUAAAUAAAGAAUAUUUAAGUUUGAUUUAAUGACUAGUGUCUUAACAUGAAAUUCACUAAACACUUCUUUGGUUGUAUUAUUGCAUAUAUUUAAGUAUUAUUCAAAUCAUGGAGUAUUUAACCAACUGCGGACGGGACGAUAUUGACAGCGAAAAGGUUUCGUUGUAUAUGUAAAUAGUCUAGUUUGAAUUUUCACUCAUUGAGCUUAUUUUGUUGUGAUUUAGUAUUUGUGUGAAUUACCUCAUGUCAAAAUUGAGAGUAUGUUGUCACAUACCGCGUCAGUAAGUGUAAGUUUGCACAUAAAUUGGGCGAUUUGACGAGGUAUUAUUAUGUUCAUAGUAUGUAUAUAAUAUAUUAAUACUAUUAUGAUUUAAUAUCAUAGAAGAAUAAAUCUAGAUUUAUUAUGCUGUUAGAUAUAUUACUUAUAAUGAAAUUUUAAAUCACUCGUUCGUUUUUUGCCACUCGCUUACUGUUGCUUGACAGGUGCUUAUUGGCUCAAUGAACGCUUAACUUUUAACGGUUAAUGCAUUAUUACAAAAUAUGAAACCUGUACAUAUUUCAAAAGUACUUUAACGGAUCACUUAGAAACGUCAUUUCGACAGAUUUUUAGCGACAAACGCGAGUUAUGGCUUAGUUCAGUUAUGUCAUGUUAUUUAUGACAUAUUUUUUAGGUUUGCCUUACUUCUAUCAAGAAGCAUCCUUAUAUACUAUUUUGUACAGUGCUUCAUCCAAGCGAUGUCUCUUUUGGUUAAAUAUUCUAUGUAUCAGAUAACAUUAGUGCUGUGUUGUCCAAAGGUCAAUGAGCUAGGCUAAACUUACGUUUUUCGUAUGACAAACUAUAUAAAUACAUUAUCAUACAGCAUUGUGUAUAUUAUUUAACUAAUUUAAGGAUAUGAUAUUGUAUUUAAUGAAAUUAACAAAGUGUAACUCGGAACCAGUUUUAUUUAGUUAAUAAAAUUUUAAUUUCA